GAGAGAGCUGCAAAUAAUCGUGGAUGCAAGAGAAACGAGCAAUUUCUGUAGGAUUGUUUGGUCUUCAGAAAUUUUUGUAAAUUUCUCUUCAAAUUUUUCUAGAUGGUUUUCCUCCCGGAAUGCUUUGAUUUUAUUGGCCGAAAUAAGGAAGAACAAAUUGAGCAAGCAAUAGAGGCAGAUGGGCAAUACAUAAUGCAUUUUCGUGAAUUGGCAAAGCGUUAUGGUCUUUGGCUGGCUUUGGGUGGAUUUCAUAAUAAGCAAACAGAUGGAUUGCCUCUUAACACUUAUUUGCUUAUUGAUUCAUCUGGCCAAACUCGAGCUUCUUAUGAUAAAUUGCAUUUAUUUGAUUUGGAUUUGCCUGGAAAAGUGAGAUUGAUGGAAAGUGAAUUUUCUAGAAGAGGAAAUAAGCUCCACCUUCCUGUCGAUACACCUAUUGGCCGUCUUGGAAUGGGAAUUUGCUAUGAUUUACGUUUUGCUGAAUUGUCACUUUUUAAUCGAUUAAGAGGAGCUCAAAUCCUUUCUUUUCCAUCUUCUUUCACCGUAACAACAGGAUUGGCACAUUGGGAGGCUCUUCUUCGAGCUCGUGCAAUAGAAACUCAAUGUUACAUAGUUGCUCCAGCUCAAACUGGAAAACAUAACGAUAAGAGAUCGUCUUAUGGUCAUUCAAUGGUAGUUGAUCCGUGGGGGGCAAUAAUAGCACAAUGUUCUGAAAGAGAAGAUUUAUGUUUUGCUGAACUCGAUUUGGAUUAUGUAGAUGAAGUUAGACGAAAUCAACCUGUUUUUGAACAUAGACGCUCCGACUUGUAUUCAUUAUAUUUUAAUGAAAAACGGGAAAUUAAUGAUUCUGAUCUUUUCCAUUUUGGUCAUUUAAAAAUUGAUGGUUCCCAAUGUUUUUAUAAGAGUGCACAUUGUUAUGCUUUUGUUAAUUUAAUGCCUUUAUUACCUGGACAUGUAUUAAUUUCACCAAUAAAAGAAGGAUUAAAACGUUUAACUGAUUUGGAUGACCAAACAACAGCAGAUUUAUUUAUAUUAGCCAAAAAAGUAGAAAAAAUGUUAUGUCAAAUUUAUCAAACAAAUUGUGCUACGGUUUGUGUACAAGAUGGAGAACACGCUGGACAAACUGUUGAACAUGUACAUGUUCAUAUAAUUCCACGUAAAAAAGGCGAUUUUGGAGGAGGAGAUCCAGACCAAAUUUAUUCAAAAUUACAAAAUCACGAUGCUAAAUUAGACAAAGAAAAACGUUCCCCAAAAGAAAUGGCUGAAGAAGCUAUUUUUUAUAGAAAAUGGUUUGAAGAGAAUUUGGAAGUGUAA